UACCCCUUUUUCUUUAUAACCUCAGAGAAAGUUUCCUAUAAAAUAACACAUUGAUGCCAAGAACCCCAUAAGAGAAAAAAAACCUAGACAUCCUAAAACAUACAUUUGCAUAUAUUAUUGUUGUCUUUGUCAUUGUUUUUCCAAGAAAGCACAAUGAAUGUAGACGAGGAGGUGGAGAGACUCAAGGAAGAAAUUCAAAGACUAGGCCAGAUCCAAUCAGAUGGUUCUUACAAGGUCACAUUUGGGGUGCUAUUUAAUGAUGAUCGCUGUGCAAACAUCUUUGAAGCACUAGUUGGGACACUAAGAGCAGCAAAGAAACGAAAAGUUGUUGCAUAUGAUGGUGAACUACUACUGCAAGGAGUUCAUGACAAUGUGGAAAUCAUUCUCAAAGCUACAACAGCAGCAGCUCAGAGUAGCAACUAAUGCAGUUCUAAAUAAAUAAUUGCAAUUAUAGUUUUGCAGCAAAAGUUUGAUGUUAUUCUAUGUAAUUUUUCAAUGUUUAUCAUGUUUGAAAGCUUGCUUCAGCAUAAGUGCAUAACAGUAUUUUUGAAUACUCUAUUAUGAAAUUUUCCAGAGUGUACUACACCCAGAUUUGUAUAUGUUUUCUUUUGGUUACGUUCAAA